UGCAUAUUGAACGCAGCCGCAGUUAAAGCGAGUCUCUGUCCAAGUGCUUUCUCGCAGAUCUUCGCUUUGAUGAACAACACGCCAGCUAAAUUCAUUCAUGCCCCUCGACGUCGAGGAUAGAUCCGUUCACUAGUACUCCAGAUUCUCGACGCCCAACCUGCGGAAUUCGUAAAGAGGUUGACUAAGAGUCGAAUUCCAGGCUCAGUCAGCACAUGAUAGUUAUCUGAUGGACUGUAUAUAAAGUUGGCUCUCGUGGAACAACUCGGCCAGUGCAUAUUUCGCUCGUAUCAUUGUCAAUCUCCAAUGUCAGAAGCACAAGUAGAACAACACGAACCCGGACACCACGGACCUCAUGGACGUCACGGACCCGGACGCAGAGAGCGACCUCCUACCACCCGCGUUGACUGGGAACGAUCCGACAACUUCCAUAACUCCCAUCUGUUGCGGAAAGAUGAGGCUCUGGAUGCCGCGAUCCGAAACAGCGAAGCAAAUGACUUGCCGCCGAUUUCUGUCAGCCCUGCAGCAGGACAACUCUUGUACCUGUUGGCAAAGUCCAUUGGUGCGAAGAGGGUCUUGGAAAUCGGUACGCUCGGAGGGUAUUCCACCAUCCACCUUGCGAGAGCGCUCCCGGACGACGGGAAGGUCAUUACUUUAGAGCUGAGUGAGCAUCACGCCAAGGUCGCAACAGAGAAUAUCACCAAAGCAGGAGUGGCCUCUAAAGUUGACAUCAUUGUCGGCCCCGCCCUUGAUUCGCUCCGAAAGGUUGCGUCGGAACCAAAAUUCGACUUUGCCUUCAUCGACGCUGACAAGACCAAUAUGUUGAACUAUUUCAUCGCAGCUAAGCGACUUUUGCGUAAAGGAGGGGCUAUCUACGUGGACAAUGUUAUUCGAGGUGGACUUGUCGCAGACCCCGCCGCUGAUACCAGUGAGUUUUCCGAUGGUGUGAGGAAGUUCAUUUUGGCAAUGAAAGAUGAUGAGGAAGUAGAGGCGACUACAAUUGGCACUGUUACUGGGAAAGGAUAUGAUGGGUUUUUGUAUGCUGUCAAGAAGUAGGUCUCAGUAUGCCAAACGAAGUGGGGGUUGCAUGCAGAAUACAAUUUACCAUUUGUAAUAUACAGA